AUGGCCGUCAGCGCUACUUUGAAACCUACAACCCUUUUGAACGAAUUGUUCAAACUCUGGUGUCAAGCCAAUAAUCAAACUGAAAUCCCACUUGUAACCCUCAUACUCGGUAUUCACCAUUCUCGUGUACGCCCAACCGCAGAAAAUCUCAGUGUUACUCGCCCAAUCACCGAGGGAGGCGCUGGAAAUAUAAUUCCCUCGAUAGGACGGUUAUUUCCCAAGCUCCACAACCUUUCCAUCACCUCAUUCUCUGGAAAUGGAUACUUCUUUUGCGAUAUCCCAUUUACGAUUGAAGAUCCCCUUAAAGUUCCAGAAAAAUCAGAUGAUCCUGACGUUGAUUUCGUUGACUGCCUCUCGAAUCUUCGAUUCUCAAAAAACCUGCGAUAUCUCGACUGUGGUAUCUCAUUCCUUCCAGGAGCAAAACGCCCCGUCACAUUUAAUGCUCAAGUCUCCGUAUCCAAGAAGGUAUUCAUCGAUCAGCUCCGGUCAUUCGACAAAGCAUCUGACGAAUAUCAAGAACACCUGACGGAAUUUCGAGAUCGUCUCCAGGAACUGAUCGGGAUUGUUCUCCUUCAUUUGCCAUCUCUCGAAGGAGGUGCGUUUUGGGAGCCAGCACUGGGCAAUACAUAUCCUGAACCGUGGCUCAGAUGGCCAUGGUCAUUAGAAGCGGAAACCAAAACACCAAAAGAUGAUAGCGAUGCACAUGGUAAGAGAAGCAAAGACGGAAAAAGAUGUGUGGUCGUUGACACCAAGCCCAUCUGCUUCAAAUACUCCUUCACGGUCGCUCAAAAUGGUGUCAGUAUACCUAGCUCACCCUCCAGAAGCUUUCUUACGGAUAGUCAAGGUGUAGAAGAAGGGAAGAAGCAAGAUAGAGAUGGCGAUACUUCCAGAUGGGAAGAGGAUGAUAAUUGGUGA